AUGGCUAAAGCGAAGCAGCAAUCGGUGCUAUCGUUCUUCAAGAAGACGCCUGUCAAGGAGACCAAAAAACAGGAGACCAAGACGACGACUUCCAGUGACAACACGCUCGUAGAUGAGAAGACGUCUCCUGCCACCCCUGUUACUCCAGAGACUGUCACGAAGAGCACCCUCAAGUCCCUUGAGGCCACAACCAUCUCUUCGAGACCGCCACCCAAGUUCGACACAACCGGCAAUGUUCCCACUCCUAGCAGCGAAUUCGAGGAUGGAGAGGAGCAUAGCAGUCCUGUUAAGAGACACCGAAAACAACGAGUUCAACUAGACGAUUCCGAUCUCGAUCUCGAUCUCGACUCUGAGGAUGAGGCAGCCUUCAAGCCCACUCGAUCCAAACGACGAGUCAUUGAUGACGACAGUGACACUGACGGAUACGUACCCAGUGAAGAGGAGGCUGACGACCAUGUCAUUGAGGGUGCUGUGAACGAGGCUGAUGUCAGUGACGUUGAAAUGGCCGACGAAGACGACGAAGAGGAGAUUGUGGCUGUCAAGAAGAGAUCCUCUCCCAAGAGUUCUCAAUCAGGCUCUUCUGCCCUGGCAAAGUUCUCGGCCAAGUCUUCAUACACUAGUGACAAAUCGGCACGACCUGCUGCCAAAAAGGCUGCCGUCAACGGAGGAGGCAAGCACUCAGAGUUUGCCAAAAACAACACAGAGCGUUACAAGUGGCUUAUUGAUAUCAAGGAUGCCCAGGGUAAUCCCGAAGGUUCUCCUGACUACGACCCCCGAACCCUUUACAUUCCUUCUUCCGCCUGGAGUAAGUUCACAGCUUUCGAGAAGCAGUACUGGGAGGUCAAGAGUAAGAUGUGGAACACGGUUGUGUUCUUCAAGAAGGGCAAGUUCUACGAGCUAUAUGAGCGAGACGCAGACAUUGCUCAUUCUGAGUUUGAUCUCAAGCUCGCUGGAGGCGGACGAGCCAACAUGCGGCUCUGUGGAGUUCCCGAAAUGUCCUUCUUCUCGUGGUCCAACGCGUUCAUCAAAAACGGACACAAGGUUGCUCGUGUGGACCAGAAGGAAAGUGCUCUCGCCAAGGAGAUGCGAGAAACUGCCACGCUCAAAAAGGAGGACAAGGUCAUCAAGCGAGAACUCUCUCUGGUGCUGACCAGCGGUACUCUUACUGACGAGAAGAUGCUGACUACCGAUCUGGCCACUUAUUGCAUGGCUGUUAAGCAGGAAGGCUCUCGAAUUGCUGUGGCAUUUGUGGAUACCGCUUCUGGAGCCUUCCACACCUCUUCGUUUGAGGACGACGCAGACUUCUCCAAGUUUGAGACUCUGGUAGCCCAGAUUCGACCUGGAGAAGUUCUUCUGGAAAAAGGUAUCAUCGACAAGGCUGUCGUCAAGAUCCUCAAGCGAAACACCACCAUUAAUACUCUCUGGAACUACCUGAUCCCCAAGGCCGAGUUCUGGGACGCCACCACUGCCAUGGAGCAGCUCACACGAGGCAAGUACUUUGAAGCUGAGGAUUUGGACGACAUGUCCAACUACCCUGAACAUCUCAAGAGCUUCAUUGAGGACGAUGUGUGCAUGUCCGCCUUUGGUGCUCUGCUGUGGUACAUGCAGUAUCUCAAGCUGGACAAGGAGCUUGUCUCUCUGGGAAACUUUUCUGACUAUGAGCCCAUCCAGAGCGAGUACAUGGUGCUUGAUGGUCACAGUCUGCAGAACUUGGAGGUUUUUGCUAACUCUUACGACUCCACAGAUGCCGGCACUCUGUUCAAGCUGCUCAACAAGUGUGUUUCUCCCUUUGGAAAGCGACUGCUUCAGCAAUGGGUCGCCCUUCCUUUGCUUGAUCAGGUCAAGAUUGAGGCUCGUCUUGACGCUGUAGAAGCAUUCAUGGAGGACGAUUUCGGUAUUGAGCGACGGCUGGCCAAGCUUCCUGAUUUGGAGCGUCUGUUGGCCCGAAUUCAUGCUGGUCGAAUCAUGCCUAAGGACUUUGUUCGAGUCGUCGAGGGUUUUGAGGAGGUGUACCACAUGGUUGCUGCGCUCAGCGAGAAGGCUCCCGAGUCUGCUCCUCUAAUUCGCACUCUGAUCGAGUCUCUUCCCAAUCUGGAGACUAUGCUGGUUCCCUGGGAUACCAAGUUUGACAGACAAAAGGCCAAGGAAGGUCUUCUCAUCCCCGAGCCUGGGGUGGAAACGGACUUUGAUGCUUCCCAAGGGACCAUCAAGGGUCUGGAGGACGAACUCAUGGUCAAGCUGAGAGAGUACCGAAAGGAGUACAAGAGCCAGGAGAUUAAGUUCUACGACUCCGGCAAGGAGAUCUAUCUAAUUGAGAUGCCCGUCAAGCUCGUCAAGCAGAUUCCCAACUCGUGGCAACAGAUGAGCGGUACCGCCAAGGUCAAGCGGUUCUGGAGUCCAGAGGUCAAGGCUCUGGUUCGAAAACUGAUGGAGGCGCGAGAAGACCACAAGACCAUCGAGGCGGCCAUGGAGCGACGGAUGUACGCCCAGUUCGACGAGCACUACAGCUCGUGGCUGCGGUGCGUUGAGGUGUGUGCUCAGCUGGACUGUCUGCUUUCUCUGGCCAAGUGUUCUCAGACUCUCGGCUCUCCCUCUUGUCGGCCCGAGUUUGUGCCCUAUGUUUCGGGAACAGAUGCUACUCUCAAGUUUGAGGGGCUGCGACAUCCCUGCUUCGACUCUACCAAGCAAUUCAUUCCCAACGACGUGUCCCUUGGUGGAGAUGAGGCUAACAUCACUCUGCUGACCGGUGCCAAUGCCGCUGGUAAGUCUACGGUACUGCGAAUGACCUGUACUGCCGCUGUGAUGGCUCAGAUGGGCUGUCAUGUGCCUGCAGCAUCUGCUCGUCUAACUCCCAUCGACCGAAUUAUCACACGUCUUGGAGCCCAGGACAACAUCUUCGCAGGCAAAUCUACUUUCUACGUGGAGCUCAGUGAAACUAAAAAGGUAUUUGACGCUACUCCCCAAUCUCUUAUUGUACUGGAUGAGCUUGGACGAGGAGGUUCGUCUGCCGACGGAUUUGCCAUUGCCGAGGCUGUGCUUCACCAUGUGGCUACGCAGGUGGGCUGUCUGGGUUUCUUCGCCACGCAUUACGGUACGUUGCACACUUCAUUCACACACCACCCUCAAGUGCGACCCAUGCGAAUGGCCAUUCUGGUGUCCGAGGCGUCCAAGGAGAUCACCUUCCUGUACAAAUUGGAGCCCGGAUCGUCGCCUGGCUCUUUCGGUAUGCAUGUGGCUGCCAUGUGCGGUAUUGACAAGAGCAUUGUCGAUAACGCUGAGGAGGCCGCGAAGAAGUUUGAGCACACCGCCAAGAUGAAGAAGCUGUUGGAAGCUGCCCAUUCCGACGACUACAUGCCUCUGGGCGCCUUCUCUGACUUCGUCUGGCUGCUCAACAACCCCACAGACUUCACUCAGCGAGGUGUUCGUACCAUGGCCGGGUACGUGCAAUAG